AUGUAUUUGCAGAGUAUUCUAGUGGUUGCACUGGCUGCGCCAGUUUGGUCUCGGGCCUGUGGACGUCCUACAACGACGAUAACCAGCUCAUCAGUGGCUCCCAGCGCAACGGCAGUAGACGAGGUCGCUGAUGCGGCAGUCGACGCAGUAGAGGCAGUGGUAUCAUCAGCAACGGCAGCAGUUGAGGCGGCCACGACUUAUGCGGCAAUCACGACGUAUGCAGUCUCGACUCAGACCAGCCAGACAACGACGGCCGCUGCAACGGCCUCUGCAACGUCCUCUGCCAGCACCCCAGGUCGAGCAGUAUGGCUUUGGGAGUCGAAUCUCAUCCAGGAUGACACCGAGGUUGAGGAGUUCUUGUCGUUUGCCGAAUCGAAUGACAUCAACACCGUCUAUACCCUCAUUGACCGUGACAUGGGCUUUACCGUCUUCCAGGACUUCAUUGAGCAAUGUACCGCAGCCGGUAUCGCCGUCGAGGCCCUGAUGGGCAACUCGGAGUGGAUCCUUGGAGAAGGCGACCCGACUCUGGAACAUGAACUCACCUGGCUCGAGCAGUACCAGGGCAACGCGACAACCAGCACCUCGUUUGCCGGAAUUCACUUUGAUGUCGAACCCUGGGGUCUCGACGGUUGGACUUCCAACGAGGAGACGUAUACCGCCACCCUCCAGUCCAUUGUCUUGCAAGUCACGUCGCUGGGCUCAACCUUGGGCUUGCCCGUGGCCGCCGACCUGCCAUACUGGGCGGACACGAUCAACUGCACGGCGACCUCGGGGGCGAUCCAGACGCUCGAUGCCUGGAUGCUCGACCAGCUAGACACGGCCACCUUCAUGACGUACCGCAACACGGCGACUGAGCUCCUCGACAUUGCGACCUCGGUCCUCGAGGCGGGCAACUCGGCCGGCAAGCCCGUGUGGCUCGCCGUCGAGACCGUCGAUGCCGCCGAUGCUCUGCUCAUUAGCUACUUUGGCAAGACGCUCUCUGUCCUGUCCUCGGACCUGGUCACCAUUCACACACAGGCCGCCACAUACUCUAGCUUUGCGGGUAUCGCUAUUCACGACUACUCAGGUGUCAAGGCUCUGAGCUCUUAG